AUGGAUCCAUUGACAUUACCCGCGCUACCUACUCUUGCUACUGUCGAGAACUUAAUCUUCAACGAAAAACGAGGCAACUGUGUCCCGGUUUACGUGGAACUUCCAGCCGACUUGAUUACACCAUGUAUGGCCUACUUGCGCAUCGCGAAGGAUUCUAAGUACAGUUUUCUUUUGGAAUCGGUUAUUGGAGGAGAGAAUGUCGCCAGAUACAGUUUCAUCGGAGCUGAUCCUCUGAAGGUCAUCAAAACUGGCCCUGGAGAGGAAAUUACGGGCGAUCCUAUGACUGCGCUCCAGAGGGAGCUAGCACUUCAUCAAUAUGUUAAAAUCCCUGAAGUACCAACCUUUACUGGUGGCGCCAUCGGAUAUGUGUCGUACGACUGCAUCCAACAUUUCGAACCAAAGACAAAAACCGAGCUCAAAGAUGUUCUUGGGAUUCCAGAGGCUGUCUUCAUGCUUGUCGAUACUCUUCUCAUUUACGAUCACAUCUUCCAGACCUUGAAGGUUGUGUCACACGUCUUCAUUCCGAAAUCAUUUGGAACAGGAAAUCUUGCCUUUACAUACCAAACUGCUGUGUCGAAGGCGCGCAGGUUGGCCAAACUUCUUUUGUCAACCGCUACUCCUGAGCCUCCACAACCUCCCAUAACCUUGGGGAAUGAGGGGGUGUCCAACGUCGGAAAAGAUGGCUACGAAGGAUUUGUUACGUCUUUGAAGAAACAUAUCGUCGCUGGAGACAUCAUUCAGGCUGUACCCUCUCAAAGACUCAGCAGACCAACUUCACUGCAUCCUUUUAACGCCUACCGUCAUCUUCGUCAAAUCAACCCCUCGCCGUACAUGUUUUACCUGGAUUGCGGAGAUCUUCAAAUUGUUGGUGCAAGUCCUGAAACACUCUGUAAAGUAGAGAAGAAUGUCGUCUACAACCAUGCCAUUGCUGGUACCAUCAAACGAGGGAAAACUCCUGAAGAGGAUGAGAAGCUUGGUGCCGUCCUUCUCGCGUCUGAAAAAGAUAGAGCUGAACACAUUAUGCUCGUCGAUUUGGCAAGAAACGAUGUCAAUCGUGUAUGCCAACCGAAGACGGUGAAGGUUGAUCAUCUAAUGAAAGUCGAGAAAUUCAGUCAUGUCAUCCAUCUGACGUCUCAAGUUUCCGGAACUUUAAGAGACGGCCUAACAAGGUUUGAUGCUUUCCGAUCGAUAUUCCCUGCCGGAACUGUUUCUGGUGCCCCCAAGAUCAAGGCCAUUGAAAUCAUAUCAUCUCUUGAGCAGGAACGACGAGGAGUAUACGCUGGUGCUGUCGGUCGGUUUGAUUUUGCCGAAGACGAGAUGGAUACUUGUAUAGCCAUCCGAACCAUGACUUUCAAGGACGGCAUUGCGUAUCUUCAAGCGGGUGGAGGCAUCGUGUUUGAUAGCGUCGAAGAGGACGAAUAUAUCGAAACAAUUAACAAACUGGGGGGCAAUGUUCGAGCUCUCGAAGAGGCCGAGGAAUAUUGGUAUAAGGUACAGCAAAACCAGGGCACGAAGAAGGCAAACCCUCGGAAUGUAUAG